GCGCUCCCCUCAUCUCCUUCCCUCUCCUGUGCCGCCGCCCAGCGCCGCCGCCAUGGGCCUCACCAUCUCCUCGCUCUUUUCGCGCCUCUUCGGCAAGAAGCAGAUGCGCAUCCUCAUGGUUGGUUUGGAUGCUGCUGGUAAGACAACUAUACUUUAUAAACUGAAACUAGGAGAAAUCGUCACCACAAUUCCCACUAUUGGCUUCAAUGUGGAAACAGUAGAAUAUAAAAACAUCUGCUUCACGGUUUGGGAUGUUGGUGGUCAAGACAAAAUCAGACCACUUUGGAGGCAUUAUUUCCAAAACACACAGGGCCUCAUUUUUGUGGUAGACAGCAAUGACAGAGAGAGAAUCCAAGAAGCAGCGGAAGUUCUGCAGAAAAUGCUUCAGGAGGAUGAGCUGCAAGAUGCAGUGCUGCUUCUCUUUGCAAACAAACAAGAUCUGCCAAAUGCCAUGGCAAUCAGUGAAAUGACAGAUAAACUAGGUCUUCAGUCGCUGCGUAACAGAACUUGGUAUGUCCAAGCUACCUGUGCUACGCAAGGAACUGGUCUGUAUGAGGGACUUGACUGGCUGUCAAACGAACUCUCAAAACGCUAACUUGAACUGGAUGACUCUUUCACCAGGGACAUGUUUGAUAUAAGUGGUCUAGGCUUGUUACGACAAAAUUAGUUUGCAUCUUGGUUAUUACAGUAUCUGGAACUGAUUUGGGCAGGAUAUUACAGCGUUUCAACUCAUUUUGUUGCCAAUUAUUGUUUACCGAGCUACAUGUUGCAGAGGUAGCAAUAUGCUUGGGUAAAAAUAUCUUCUUAACUUGGAAAAAGUGUAUCUUCUGAUUUUUAUCCCCCUGUUAGUCUAAACGCCUGAAUAGAGUUAUUGUGACAUCUUAAAUCUGUUUGAAAUACUCUUUUGAGCCUGAAUAAAUUAAUGUUUAAAAAAACUUUUCUUUCCUCCGUGCUACUUUUAGUUUACUGAUGCCCUAUUUCAUUCCUCAGACAGUCUGCUGAUUUAAAAAUGUAGCAUUCCAUAUGUAUUUAUUUCUCUCCCUUGCCAAAAAGACUUCCUAAUACUGCUUGUUCCGAUUGAGAAAAUGCUCUAAAACACUAUUCAGAUCUACUGCACUGAGGAACAUGUUGUUAAUCUUUGGGUUCURUCAGCCCAUCUUGCCUUUGUGUGAAUUGGAUUUGAUGGGUAGAAUAGUUCUGUGCUGGUUGCGAAGAGCUCAUGUUGAGGUUGUUUUUAAUAUUCAG